AUGGCACAAGUAGAUUUUCCUCGUGGAGGGUCGAACGUUUUGUCCCCGUUGGAGGUACAAAAUGCCAAACGUAAAGCUGAAGAUGAUGCCCUAUUUAAGACUACUCCUAGUACGCCGCUGAAGAAAGCGAAAAAGAUAAAAUCCAAUACUCCAGCUACAGCGAAAGGCAAAGACAUACCUAGUACUGAUAAAGAUGAAGUCAGCGUAGAUGCUAUCACCAUAUCGAUGUACAAAAAGGGGGUGUCUGUCCUUGGCAUUGUCAAAGAAAUUAAUCCAGUUGACAUUACAGUCUCCCUUCCUGGCUUAUUAACCGGCUACAUCCACAUAACACAAAUGUCAAGUCAAAUGACGCAAUUAUUAACAAGGCAGCUAAAAUCUACUGAAUUAGAUGGAGAGGAUGGUGUAACACAAUUGGACUUGAAUUCUUUCUUUCGAAUUGGAGACAUGCUUCGUUGCGUGGUUGAUGAAGUCGAAUUGACCAAGAGUAAGCAUAAACGUAUCAAACUAGCAAUAGAUCCUAAGAUACUCAAUGCUAAAUUCAAAGCCAACAGAAUUCAAACAGGAAUGACUUUAUCCGGAUAUAUUGAAAGUGUUGAAGAUCAUGGGUAUAUUGUAUCUUUUGAAAUUGAGAACCUAGUCGGGUUCCUAUCACAACAAGAAGGUCUGGACUAUGCAAAAUCAAGAGAGUUAGAGGAUCUACCGGUGGGGCUACCAGUGAAUUGCGUUAUUCAAAAGGUGAAAGAUCAAGGACGAAUGGUUACCGUUGGCGUGUCUAGCAGCAAAGUUCUGAAAGCCAAGGCUCAUGAAGGGAUGAGAUUUAGCUAUGAUACCUUACAAGCCGGAUUAUACGUAAAUGGGACUAUUGCAAAGAUUAGUACCAAAGGAGCACAACUUUCCUUUUUGGGUGGUUUUCGCGGAAGCGUAACUGCUGACCACCUAAAUCAAAAUCAAUCUCUGCAAGAGCGAUCGAAAGUGGUUGCAAGAAUUAUAUAUGUGGAUCGCAAAUCAAAGAAAAUAGCUUUAUCUUUACUAAACAUUACUGUCAAUGGGCAAAUGGAUAUUUCUCAGGUAGAAAUUGGCCAAAUAAUUGAAGACGCAGUUGUUCUUCGCGUUGACAAAGGCGUUGGUUUACUCCUUCAACUGGGUGAUAACUUGAAAGGAUAUGUUCAUAUAUCGCGCGCUUCCGAUAAGCAUAUUGAUAAGUUUGGAAAACAACACAGAGCAGGAUCGAAACAUAGGUGUCGCGUUAUAGCAAAUAGUUUAAUCGAUGAAUUAGCAAUUAUUACAAUGCAACAAUCCGUUUUGGAGCAGCAAUUUAUAAGUUACAAAGAUAUCAAGCCGGGUACACUAGUUAUGGGUAAAAUUAUCUCGUUAGAAGAUUUUGGUAUUUUGGUACAAGUUACAGACCAUAUUAAAGCACUAUGUCCUAGAUUACAUAUGUCUGAUAUAACUUUAAAACAUCCUGAAAAAAAAUUUAAGGAGGGAAAUAAAAUCAAGUGUAGAGUACUAACGGUAGAUGCCAGAAGAAGAAGACUUAUCCUGACGCACAAAAAGUCGAUGGUUCAUUCCUCACAUGUUGUUAUUACGUCAUACGAAGAGGCUCAAGAAAAUGUUACUGCUCACGGCUUUAUAAGCUCUGUCAGAAGUAAUGGGUGCUUUAUCACAUUUUACAAUAACGUUCGUGGAUUUGUCCAUAAAAAAUACUUAAGCACUCAAUAUAUAGAAAAUCCAGAAACGGUUUUCUUUGUUGGCCAAGUAGUUCUAACUUACAUUGUAUCCGUUGAUGCUGUCAAUAAGAAACUUAGUCUGUCACUUAAGCCGCCAGCCCUGACUACCAGUACUUCAUCAAACUUAAAAUUUAACCAGUCCAAGGUUGUAGAUGUCGAUCUGUUUCGGGCUACCGCUGAAGGACUGGACGUACUAAUGCAGCCAUCCGGUUUGGCAGCCAGUGUACCUGUACAUCACUUAUCAGAUUUUCAUUCAAAUUCCCGAGCUCUUGUUAAUUAUUUUACGUCUCAGCAAAGUGUAAAUAAGGAUGUAAAUACUAAGUUUCUAAAGCAGCUAGUGACCGUUGGGAAAACGAAGAGUUCUGUUAUUGCAUCCAGAAAACAGUCACUUGUUGAUGCUGUUCAAAAUAAAGGUGUAUUGCAAAACUUUGACCAGUUAAAGGUGACAGAUAUUGAACAUGAGCGCAAGCGAUUUUUGGUCAGUUUACGACUCUCAGAUUAUCUAAAAAGCGUUGGAAAAGAUGAUGCUAAGAUGAACACUUUAAGGAUAUUCGAUCAAUAUUUAAAUGAAAGGAAUACUAUUAUUGAAGCUAUGAAGUGUGUAUACGAAUUUCCACCUACUGGAAUACUUAUUGGAGAACUCGUGACGGGCAUGAUUGAAGCCAUUGAUGGAAAUCGUGUUACGUUGCUUUUAAAGAAAGGACAGAAAGCGGUUUCUACAAUCAGUUUCGAUAACGCCGAUUUGAAAGAAAACAGUUCAGUUUCUGCACGAGUUAUCGACUUUGAUUUGGAAACAAGAACAGUUGUCGUAUCAUUGCACCCUGAUAUGGUCAGUUAUAGUACCAAGCAGUUUCACAAAAUGCAAAAGCAGAUUAAAGUCCAAACCAACACGGAAGCAAUUAUCGAAUUGGUUACUUGCGAUCACAUAGUUUGCAGGCUGCCUAAUUAUAGGAACAUCCUCGCUGUUGCUCCUUCAAGUCAGUACUGGAAUAAUGUAAAAAGUGCACACCGAAGAUAUUCAAUUGGUAAUCGAUUUACGGCGCACGUAGAGCGGUAA